AUGGGACAUCCGGGAGUCGCAGGGCAUCCGAUGGCAGGCCCUGGUAUGCAACCCAACGCAGGCCAGCAGGGCGCGCCUGGUGGGAUGCCUCACCAGUUUGCCGGCAGCCACAUUGCCGUGUCUGGUCCAGGAGGCCAGGUCAAUCCGGCCUUGAUGGGCGGCAUGCCUCCCGGGGCAACCCCGAAUCCUCACCCGAUGCACCAACUGAGCCCCGCGCAACAACAGCAGAUGUUUCAACACCAGCAGCAGCAGUUGCAGCAGCAAUUUGGGAUGAACAACCCGAGCGCAAUGGCUGCUAUACGCCAGCAGCACAUUCUCCAGCAACAACAGCGGCAAGCUUUGAUGGCGCAGCAGUUCCCAGGAAUGACUCCUGCCGGAGUCAACGGCAUGCCUAUGGGCAUGCAACUCACACCGCAGCAAAUUCACCAGCUGAGACAGGCGCGGAACGCUGCUGGACUGGGUCACGUAAAUGCGCAUAACCCGCAAGCGAUCAUGGCCCAACAGCUGGCCCUUCAGCAACAGGCAGCAGCCCAAGCCCAGCAACAGGCAGCGCAGCAGCAGGCUCAGCAGCAGCAGCAGGCCGCGCAGCAGCAAGCAGCGCACAACCAGCAAAUGGCUGCGGGCCAUAACCAAGCACAACACAUGACGAUGAAUGCUCAACCUAUGCCGGGUAUGCCACAGCCGAAUCCUAUGGCCACUCAGCCAUCAAUGGGCGCUCAGCAGCAGCCGGGUCAGCAACCGCCAGGCCAGCCCCAGCCGCAACCCCAGCAGCAACCUGGUCCCCAGUCGCAGCCGACGCCUCAGCAAGCCUCACAAGCCGGUACACCUGCACCGACGGGGCAACAGACUCCUCAGACACCCGCACCGACUCCGGCUCAGGCGAAUCAGAUGCAGCAGGGCCAACCCCAGCCUCAACAGGCCCAUCCUCCGAAUCAAACUCAGAUGGCUGCCGUGGCAACCCAGCAACUCAUGGCCAACACCAUGAUGCAACAGCAGCAGCAGCAGCUUAGAGAAGGGAUGAAGACAAGGUGCCUUUUAAGACUGAUGCACUUUGGCGAAUGCCUAAGUACCUUCCCUGGAGCAAAGAGCAAAGAGGAUCUCGCGUAUUGGGGCAGAGUUGUAUCCCAGUUCUUCUCAUCACCCAACGGCGUUUUCCGCCAUUCAUUACACGUUAGCGAGAACGAAGAUGCAGCAGAUAAGCAAUAUGAAAUUGCUUACCCGGUAAUUGCUCGAUAUAUCCAUACCUAUUUCAGCAGUGGCGUCAAAAGUAUACAACUCAUUCUCGACGGUGGGAGCAUCGACAAGGCAUUGCCUGGGGACUGCUACUGUAUCGAGAACCAACGAGCAAGCUUCGUCUAUUGGUUUGAGACGGGUUCACAUCUUGUGGCCAAUGGAACGCUACGUACGCAGUUUGAUGCCGAACAGAAAAUCGAAUUGUUCGAAUUUCUCACCACAGGACACGAGGAAUUUGUAUCUAUGCGAAGUGUCGUCGAGGCAGCGAAGCCAACACAUGAAUGGAUCAAGGAGUGGCGUACUGUCAACACGAUUGAUGGCAAGCAGUCUCCAGAAAUGUCCAAGAAGGGCAAGGCUCGGCAGCUCAAGUCGCCUCAGAAAGAGCCACCCGGAGUGCUGGUUGAUCUUAAUUCGGCUGUUAACAAACAAGGUGUCACUCCGGCCGUCCAUCAAUUCCUCGAGAUUGUGGAAGUCAUGGGUCAGAUGAACCCACUAAUCGGAUUCUAUAACUCCAACCCUGGCCUGACUCCCUAUGGAGCGCUUGAACAAUACGUAGCAACCCAAAUCAAUAGCGCGACACCGGCGAUGAAUGGCCAAGCUAUGGUACAAGGGCCCAGGACACCCGGUUUUGGGCAAUUUCCAAUGGGAGCGAGCCCUGCGGCGGUACAUAUGAACCUUCCCGGCUCACCUCACAUCGGUAGUCCCGCGCCAGGUCAAGCUCCUGGCAUGCAGCUCCAGCCAAGCCAACAGGGAACAAGUUCGAGCGGGCCAAGUGCAAACACGUCACCGGCUUCCAAUAAGCGUCGGCGUCCGUCUACUGUCAAAGUUGAAGAUGAUUCCAUCGCCCCAGGCGCUGGCCAAGUCAACGGGGUACAGAGCAGGGUCAAACCCCAGACUCCUCGGAUGGCAAAGCGUGUCAAGGGCAACCCAGCUUGA